AGCUGAAGCAAAUGUUAAAUUUGUUGUCGCUGUUACGCUACUGUAAAAAUGAAAACAAGGUGUUCAGUGGUGGUGUAAAAUGCAUGGCUGCAAAGCAAAAGCCAAAUAAAAGAAGUAAUAAAAUAUAUUGUAUGUAUUUGCAAUAAUAAUGAAACGUGAAUGCAGUGCAAAAUGCGGGUAACAAGCAGAUAGCAAAAAGUGUUUGUUGGUGUGCGCGGUUUACAAUAAUAAAAAAAAUCGUGACGACGCGUCGUCGGUGCCCCCGUCUAACAGCCGCCAUUAAGAAUUUUACGCGUCGCGGUGCGGGACGCGUGCGUUGCUGCUGCAACAUACAAGCAAGCCAGCUAGCAAGAAGAAAAACGAAAAAGAGGAGUGGCGGGCAAGUCAAAAAGAGCUUGAUUUCUGGUCUGACCGCUGUGGAACCAGAGAGGCAAUAACAACAAUAAUACUGCGAGCAACUACAGUGAUGUGUUACGAAGAAUAAGAAGCUGCAUGCCACAACGGCCAGCGGAAAACAGCAGUCGACAGCAGCAACAACAACAACAAACGAGAAUAUAAUGUAGCAGACAGCAACUACAUUAAUAACACCUACAACAGCAACAACAACAACAUCUUCAAAUACAAUUGUAGUGAAAAGUAGCAGCAGCAAUUGCAGCAAGAAAGAUAAAUAAGUCACGUUAGACACACACUUUUAAGUCCAAUCCAAUAAGAAUUUGAUGAAUACAAUUUUAUUUCGAGACGGAGGCCACAAAGCGAGCAGUCAAAAUUCGUUCGUUAUACUCUAAAUGCAGCACGUGAGCGCUGCCAGUUCGGCACCUUCGGUGGUUUCAGCACCGGUGGUGACCACUGGCGGUGGCACCACCAUCACUUUGGGCCACAAAGCCGGCGAUCCACAGCAGCAGCAGCAUCAACAACAUCAUCAUCUUGCUCAUCUUCAGCAGCAACAUCAGCAGCUUCAACAGCAGCAUCAUCAGAAUAAUAAUAAUAAUAGUAAAGUGGACGGAGGGAAUAAGCAACAACCGACAACGGCACACGGCGGCAUUGAAAUGUAUAAAGUGAACAUUGAGGAUAUAUCGCAAUUAUUUACGUAUCACGAGGUCUUUGGCAAAAUCCAUGGCGAUGUGGUGAAUCAUGUGGCGGCGGUGCAUGGCAGUCAGUUGCCACCGCCACAACUGCCACCGCCACCGCCACUGCCACCGCAAGCAACAGCAGCAUCCACGACGCAUUCAUCGGCUAGCGCAGCUGCAGCCGCAGCGGCGGUGUCCACAAAUAAUGCAACUGUCGCUGCUGUAAUGGCCUCGGCCAAUGCAGCAGCCGCAGCUGCAGCUGCCGCAUCAGCGGCAGCGACAGCACAACAACAGCAGCAACAACAACAACAGCAGCAGCAGCAACAACAGCAGCAACAGCAACAAGCUGUGACUAGCACAAAUGCUGGAACACAGCAGGGCAGUGCCACGGUGACGACAACUAGCUCAGGUAGCAACAAUAACAACAACAGCGGGAAUAACAGUGGGGGCAAUAAUAACACUAGUAACAGUAACAGUAACAACAAUAACAGUUCGACGACAACGACAACAACCGGUGAACUGCUGAUGCCGAAAAUGGAGGGUGGCAUCCAUGGCGUCGAUGGUCAAUCGAGCGUUGCCUUGGCCCCCGAUGGCACACCGAUUGCGACUGGGACGCAUGUGUGCGAUAUUUGUGGGAAAAUGUUUCAAUUUCGUUAUCAGCUGAUUGUGCACCGUCGCUACCACAGCGAGCGCAAGCCAUUUAUGUGUCAGGUGUGCGGUCAGGGCUUUACCACAUCGCAGGAUUUGACCCGUCAUGGUAAAAUUCAUAUUGGCGGUCCCAUGUUCACAUGCAUUGUGUGCUUCAAUGUGUUUGCCAACAAUACCAGUUUGGAGCGUCACAUGAAACGUCAUUCAACGGACAAACCAUUCGCCUGCACCAUUUGCCAAAAGACAUUUGCGCGCAAAGAGCAUCUGGACAAUCAUUUUCGUUCGCAUACGGGCGAAACGCCGUUCCGUUGCCAGUACUGCGCCAAGACGUUUACGCGCAAGGAGCACAUGGUCAACCAUGUGCGCAAACACACGGGUGAGACGCCACAUCGUUGCGAUAUUUGUAAGAAGUCCUUUACGCGCAAGGAACACUAUGUUAACCACUACAUGUGGCACACUGGUCAAACACCGCAUCAGUGCGAUGUCUGCGGCAAGAAAUACACGCGCAAGGAGCACCUAGCCAACCAUAUGCGCUCCCACACCAACGAGACGCCGUUCCGUUGCGAAAUCUGCGGCAAGAGCUUUAGCCGCAAGGAGCACUUCACCAAUCACAUACUCUGGCAUACAGCAGGCGAGACGCCGCAUCGGUGCGACUUCUGCUCCAAGACGUUCACACGCAAGGAGAAUUUGAUAAAUCACGUGCGCCAGCACACGGGAGAAUCGCCGCAUCGCUGCUCCUACUGCAGCAAGACGUUCACGCGCAAGGAGCAUCUGGUGAAUCAUAUACGCCAGCACACGGGCGAGACGCCGCAUCGGUGCGACUUCUGCUCCAAGACGUUCACACGCAAGGAGCACUUGUUAAAUCACGUGCGCCAGCACACGGGAGAGUCGCCGCAUCGCUGCUCCUACUGCAUGAAGACGUUCACGCGCAAGGAGCAUCUGGUGAAUCACAUACGCCAGCACACGGGUGAGACACCGUUCAAGUGCACGUACUGCACGAAAGCGUUCACACGCAAAGAUCACAUGGUUAAUCAUGUACGGCAACAUACAGGCGAAUCGCCGCACAAGUGCACCUAUUGCACGAAGACCUUCACAAGGAAGGAGCACCUAACGAAUCAUGUGCGCCAGCACACGGGCGAUUCGCCGCAUCGCUGCUCCUACUGCAAGAAGACCUUCACUCGGAAGGAGCAUCUGACGAAUCAUGUCCGCCUGCACACUGGAGACUCGCCCCACAAAUGCGAAUACUGUCAGAAGACCUUCACACGGAAGGAGCAUCUCAAUAAUCAUAUGCGCCAGCAUUCGAGCGACAAUCCCCAUUGCUGCAAUGUGUGCAACAAGCCGUUCACACGCAAGGAGCAUCUGAUCAAUCAUAUGUCACGUUGCCACACCGGCGAUCGCCCCUUCACAUGCGAGACAUGCGGCAAAUCCUUCCCCCUCAAGGGCAAUCUCUUGUUCCAUCAGCGUAGCCACACCAAGGGACAGGAGUGCGAACGUCCGUUUGCCUGCGAAAAAUGUCCCAAGAAUUUCAUUUGCAAAGGUCAUCUGGUCUCGCAUAUGCGCUCCCAUUCGGGUGAGAAACCGCACGCGUGCACACUGUGCAGCAAGGCGUUCGUGGAGCGCGGCAAUUUGAAGCGGCACAUGAAGAUGAAUCACCCGGAUGCCAUGAUGCCGCCCCCACCCGUGCAUCCGCAUCCGCAAAUACCGGCUGGUGUGCUGACCCAAGUCAAGCAGGAAGUGAAACCGAUCAUAAUUCCGCAUCAUUCGGCGACGACCACAAUGCACACCAUACAGCAGAUAACAGCGGGCGCUGCAGCGGCUGGCGCCGGUGCCGUCCAGCUAACGCCAGGCCUGGUGCCGUUGGUCACCAGUACGCUCAUCUCCUCGCACAAUGCCCAGCAGACGCAGAAGCAACAGCAAGCAGCCGCUGCAGUUGCAGCACAGCAACAAGCAGCUGCUGCCGCUGCAGCACAACAACAACAGGCAGCGGCUGCAGCUGCAGCUCAGCAGCAGGCGGCAGCCGUGGCCCAUCAACAGCAUCAGCAACAGGUUGCCGCCCAGCAGCAGCAACAACAGCAACAGGCUGCGGUGGCAGCCCAUCAGCAGCAGCAACAGCAGUUGCAGCAGCAGCAAUUGCUGCAGUUAUCCAUACAGCAGGCAGCGCAUCAUCAUCAGCAGCAUCAGCAGCAGCAACAACAGCAGCAGCAGCAACACCAUCAGCAGCAGCAACAGGCACAUCCGCAGGCACCGCCACAGCAGCAGCAACAGCAGCCGCCACCGCAGGUGCCGAUCGCCUUGAUCAGCGAUCCGAGCGCCUUGGCACGCGCUGCCAUGCAGCUGCAACAUCUGCCCACGAAUGUGGAGCAACAUCCGGUGGUUUACUAACAGUAGCCCCUGCUGCAUGCGGCGGCCACAACAGCCACAGCAGCCGCGACGCAAUGGUGAAUGGCCUGAAUCUGUAAGAGGAGAAACAGAAGCAGAGGAGGAGGAGAGAAGGAGGCAACAACUACUACAAGGAGCAACCACACAUCCCCUUAAAAAUAGAAGAAGCAGCUAGUUAGAUAUGCAUAGAAAGCAAGCAGCAAUUAUAUAUCCUAAACACAUAUAUGUUCAUGUAUCGAGAUGUCUACGCUUUCUCUCACUCUCCUGCUGCCACAAUGCUGCUGCACAGCUUGCAACGUGAUUUGUGUAACGUGCAAUACAAGGAAGCUAAACAUCUCAUAGUUAACCGAUCCCCGCCACCCUUUGCGCUGUACUCCCUUAAAACGAUCUUUGUUAGGCGCUUAGCGUCUAUAAUUUACUAUAAUUAAUUGAUUUUCUCACACGUCCCUGUUACAUUUAUGAAAUGUAUGCGCAACACGUUGCGCCAUCAAAAAGUCUACUAGCUGUGCUAGUAGCUUUUGGCGAAAAGCGUGCAGCGUGGCUUUGGAAGAGAGAGAGAGAGAAGGCGAAAGAUGUAAGGAAAGUUGUUAGGACAACAUACAUACAUACAUACAUAUGUGUAUAUUUAUGUACUUUUGUGCAUCAAAUGUGCAGCAGCUAGAACGUUUUUUGCGAAAAAUCACACUGAGAAAAUUUGUAUUAUUUUGUGCAUUUUGUUGUAAGGCAAAAACAAAGUAUGUAAACAAUUAAACUUAACUACAUACACAACAUAAAACAUAAAAAAAAAAAAAAAAAAAAAUGAAAACAGAAAAACAAACACAUAUUAUGCUAAUAGCAGCGCCCCCAGUUAAUCAUACAAGUCCCGCGCCCUUUCCUACAGCCAAUCAAACAGAAAAUGAAAAUAAGAACGCAGAAACAUAAAAAAAACCCCCAUUAAAUAUUUAAGUGCAAAACUUGUUGCUGAGGAAGCUGGAAGAGUAAAGAAGGCGGCGCAGGCGUAGGCUAAGUCAAGAACUAACGACAAGAGAAGAAUAGUACAGAGAAAGAGAGAUGAAUUGCAAAAAGAAGAAGAAAAUUAUAUUAUAUUAUGAUUACGAUAUUUAAUGUUAGUUGAACUACUAAAAACAAAACUGAUUAAGAUUGAUAACACGAGGAAUCGAGGAGACAGAUGAGAAUGAAAGUGGAAUUAAGUAUUUAGUUUUACGUAAAUAUACGACAACCAGAUAAACAAUGUGCGUGUGUGUGUAGAGACAGAGUGCAUAGAGCACACGAUAAUGAUUACGAUUAUAAUUAUUGACAUAAAUAGAUGUGAAGAAGAAAAACACAAUUAGGAACCCAGACGGAACGAAGUUGAAAGAUGAAGCAGAAGAUGGAGAAAUUGAGAAGUUACAACCCCCAAUCUAACACUCAUACACACACACACAUAUACACACACUAUUAAAGUUAACAACAAUUACAAAAACUAGGCACAACUCUACAAUUAUAAUUAAUAAUAACAAUUACUGUGCUUAUGUUGAAAACAAAAACAACAAAAGAUGAUAAAACAAAACAAAAGCAAGCCCCAAGCGCCACAAGCAACAACAUAUCUGCUUUAAAUUUUACAAAAUAUAAAAUAAAACUAAAAUAAUGAAAAGAAAAUAAAAACAAAAACAAUAAGGAAAAGUAUAAAAAAAAAAACAUAUUAAAAUUAUUAUUAGCUGAGUCAAGUUUAUUCACACACACACACGAGAAACAAACAUACAUAUACACACAGACACACACAUAAUGCUUCCUUUUAAAUGCAACAUUUUAUUAAUUUAAUGAUUUUAAUUAAACACUUUUAAUUUAAAUUAACAACAAAAAACUGUACAUGUAUACACAAAUAAAACAACAUAAACAGAAAAAUAUACAUUAAAAAAAGAAAACAAAUAAAAAAAAUUAAAACAAGUUGUUGGUUUUGCUUUGCUGUUCAGAAAAAAACAAAAACAAAAAACAAAAUAGGAAAUCCCAAUUCGUUUUAUUUUUAAGGCAUUUAUUGGCAGCGCUAGAACUUUUAAAAAUAUGUACUAAGAAUGCAGGGAACAAUUGAAAAUUGUAAAAAAAAAAUAACAAAAAUAAACAAGAAAACAAAAGAGAAAAGCAAACACAAAUGUUGUGCGCAUAAAUGAAAUUGUUUAAACAAUUGCAAAGCCGAAGAAAAGAAGAAAUGAAAGAUUUAUGCAAAGUCGCCUAAGUCUGAGGUAUUUUUAUACAUACAAUAUGAAAGUACAGAGAACUUUGCACAUAAUAUUUACACACACAGGCACACACAUAAACACUUCCACAAACACAGAUGCAUACAAAUUUAUGUAGUUGUUUUAGCCGUGUUAGUUUUUUGGUGUGCGUUUUUUGGCGAAAUAGUUUUGAUGAUUGUGUAUAAAGCGCAGCAUAUAUAAAGUGCAUAUAUAGAGUAUAUAUAAAAAUUAUAUAUAUUGUACUAUUAUUAACUAAUCUAUUAAACGGGAAAAAUCAACUGUAUGUGUAGCGAAAGCGAAUGGCAAUUUUUAAGUACGAAAAAGUAACAACAAAAAUUUCAAUUGUGUUGCAAUAUUAAACAAAACAAAAAUUGACAAUUAAUUUGUAAGUUGCGUAGUGCAUAAAUCAAGAAAUAUAUAUAUAUAUAAUACAUAUUCACACUCACACAUACACACACAUAUAAACAUACAUUAAUUAAUAACAAUAAGCUGUUUCCUAAAAACAAACGCUUGGCAGCCAAUUAAAGCAAAAACAAAACAAAAUGAAAAAAAAUUAAGAAAAAACACCAGAAUCAGUAACAAUACUAAGUAAAUAGAAACAAUAAUGUACUAUAAUGCAGAUACAAUACAAUAUAAACACUAUAUAUACCUACAAUAUAUGCCUAUACGACAAAUGAAAUUGGAUAAAUGAUAAUAUACAUACAACAAUACAUAUAUACUAUGUAAUAAAUACAAUACAAUACAAUUAUACAUAUACAACAAACAACAUUGCAGCAAUGCAGCAAUGCAACAUGCAACAUAGAGUAUAUUGUAAAAGUUAAAUGUAAUUAAAUACAUACAAAUUGAUGACGUAGUAAGCACCAAACAACAAAUAAACAACAACAAAAAAUUUAA